AUGGAUCCUUUCGUAACGGACGAUACUCGAGAAGUUCAGCUUCCGAGCACCGGCCCGUUGGUGGGCUCGCAAGUGCGCGAAGGGCAAGUCGCAACGCAACUAGGCCAAGACAACCUCGAGAUAGGCUCUACCCAGAUGAAUGAUCGUCUGGUACCCGAAGCACGAGCAGAGGUGAAUGAAUCCGCAGUUCAUACCAACGGGUCGUCUAGAAGACGCAGUUCUCCCGCAACACGGACUGGAUUCGAGGCUGGCGAGAUGUCGAAGUGGGCUCCGCAGACAGCGCAUGAUGAAAUGCGAGAUCUGCUGGGCCAGCCUCUGGAAAGCGCCAAGGCCAAGGGAUAUCUGUACAUCUUCCCGGAUGUCAACAAACAGUAUAUCAAGAUCGGGUUCACCACAGGCAAGCUCUGGGACCGGUUCAGGAAGAUUGAAGACAGUUAUCGUUGGCGAAUAUACCCUACAUCCAGUUGCUUCGACUGGAGAAGCUCGUGCAUACUGAUCUUGCGCACUGUCAUCGAUAUCUCCACGUCAAAUCAAAAGGUCGAUGGCGUGCACAGCAUGAGUGGUUCGAGAUCGAUCCCAAGAGCGCCUACCAGACAGUCGAAUAUUGGUGGGAUAUCAUGA